AUGUCCGAAAGGAAGAAUCCGAGAGACCGUAGCGUGUCAGGCGAUAUCGAGGACUCAGACUUUGAAUCCCAUGAAGGCGACGGGGGAGGUAAUCUUGGCAAACCAGGCCGAAAGAAAAAUCCAAACUCACAGGCGGCGCGUCGCGACCAGAAUAGGAUAGCGCAACGGGAGUUCCGCCAGAGGAAGCAGCAAAGGAUACGUGAUCUCGAGGCUCGCGUUGAGAUACUUUCGGGUGGGCACGAUGAAGCUCUGGCCGAGAUGCGGAAUAUGCUCAAGGAUUUAAUGACUGAGAACCAUACUCUGCGCGGCCUUGUACGAAGUCUUGCUGGCUUCAUAGGUGAGGGAGCGGGGGGUCUCCUACCCAAGCUGGGAUGGGAAUUAGCCGACUUCAACAACUUCAUAAAUCGCUCUGAAACCGAUACUGCGUUCGAAAGCUUUCAACGGCGGAAGAAGCAAGCGAACUCUCAGACAAGUACACCUAGCGCCUCCGCCCCGCUGAAUGGUCAAGGACAAAAGAGGGCUGCGGAGGACGAAGCAGAGUCGAGUCGGGGAAAGAAAGCAAAGGGGAUGAACGGGCAUGGGGAGGCCGAGCAGAAGCAGGAUGGCUAUUCAAUGCUUGCUCCCGAUUCCAUCUACCCCGCUUCCCGUACUCCUGCUCAAGGCAACAAUGCAAUGUUCUCGGAUCUCAUGCGCAUUGGUUCCCCUAUGUUCGCACAACCCUCUCCUCCGUCAAAUGUCGCAAGUCACUAUAACGGACCUAUAGCCUCGCAUGUCAACAAUUAUCAGAAUUCAUUCCUCCCUACAAAUAUCGCGAUGACCAUGCCCUCUCCUGUCAACACGAUGCCAUUCCCAUCACAAAGCACUACUUCGACAGAUUCUCAGCAGAGGCUUCCACCAUCAACUCUCACUUCGUUAGACCAAGAGGAAGACGAUGAUCCCCAAAAAGUUGAGGCAUAUAAGCUCAUACGAUAUCACUUGGAUAACUAUAAACGGAAUUCGGCAUAUUGUCUUCCUGCGUCACUGAGGCCUACCCUGGUCCAAAGGUACUUCUAUCCCAAAAGCGUCAUUGACACGAUCAUCCACCCGGAUCUGAGGGAUAGGAUGAUAUUACUGAGAAGCAAGUUCGACCUAGUUGAUUGCCUCCACUCGUUUAAAGACGAGGUAACCUUGCACGGCGACGAUGUCCUCGCACACGUUAAUUGGGAACUGAGCGAGAAGUGGUUACGACAAUACGGAUUUCUCGUUGAGCAAACUCUCUUAAACGGAAUAAAUAAAUGGCGACGCGAGCGUGGCGAACCAGAUAUCCACCUCGCCGAUAUCGCGCCUCCGGAAUCAGCGUCGGCUUCGUAG